UUUUUCUUAUUCUAAUCCUAGUGUCCAAUUUAUGUUCCUAAUUUUUAAAUCUUAUUUUUAAGUGAUCACUACCUGGGGCCUACGUCCUGGUUCGUGUUAAAUGUUUACCGAUGCUUAAAGACUUCAUAACCCACUUUGAAAUUCGAAAUCCAAGUCUAAAUAGUAUUCUAUUAACGAGUAUUACACCCUACAAUUCGGACCUACAUAGUCACCCUACAAUAGUGUUUCAGAAGGUCAAAUAAAUCGAAUAAAUAACAUGUUAAUAGGUAUUUAAACUUAUACGACUUAAUUCAAUUUAAGGCUUAUUGAGAUAAAAAGCCCAAAAUUGCCUCGAGGCCUGCUACAUGAUGAGUGGCGUUUGUCGUUUAUAGAUGUAUAUAAGCAAUGCCAGGCGCAAGCGAAGCUAAUACUCGCGGUUGGUAAAAAUUUUCAAACUGUUUGAAAGAACAUAUCCUAGCGCUCGGGGAAUACCGAGAGGACUAGUGGUCGUGGCGCCGACAACCGCCGGUACGGUGUCCCGAGGAGGAGGGUGAUGGGAGAGAUGUGCUCCGCACUAAGCGCUUCACUUUCCCCCUUUGCCUUUUCAUGAGUUCUGUCUCAUGCGAGGUUUGGACGUUAGCUGUUGAGCGACAGGAGGUUUCAGUCAGUUCGACUCCGACAUGCCCCGCCCUCCAUCCCCAGUGGAGGGCGGAAGACCGGCGAUUUCCUCCUGACCAAAAAAAAAAAGCACUCGGGGAAUAUCAUAGUGGAGCGUUAAUUCAAAAUACAGUUGACUCGUAAUUUAUUUCUAGAAAUGUAUUGGAUGAGCGCAGUGCUUUUAAGAAUUGCAGGUGGUGUGAUAGCAAAACGACGCGAUGAUUUCAAACCAUGCCUCAGAGCACUGUACAUAUUAUUAUUAUGACCCAAAAAAUACAGGUCUGUUGAAAACUCCAAACAUUAUAAAAGGCCACUUAGUUUUCCAGAUGAUUCCAAUGAAGAAUACCCCUCAAAAUGUCGGACUCAAGGAUCACAACACAGUACAGUUUGCCGAUAUUUUUCUUCUUAACAUUUCACUGAGAUAUUAUAGCAUCUUAUUGCUAUUACCAUUUUAUUUCAUACAAUAAUCAAUAUUAAUUUUAUUUUGGUUCCAUUUCCCUUCUUGAGACACAGCUUCGAUUUUUUAAUCCUAAAGAUUGGCUGAAUGGGCUAUGUUCUGUUGCAGGUACGUAGGAAAUAAAAAAAAAACAAAGAUUUUGAAAACAAAGUACGUUGAAAAUAGUUAAUAAAGUUACGAAAACUACAGUUAAAUUGUUUAAAGUAAAAAAUGAAAACUGUUCUAUUAAUUCUGGAUUUCUAAGUCGUGUAAUAUUUUGUUACCUAUACUGUAUGUACGAAUCGAUCUUUGGUCGUGGUUACCACUUGAAUUCCCAAUAUCACACUGUCCUGUGAAAGAAUAUUUAACAAAAAUGUUUGUAGAACAAACGCAAUUGUUUAACUGUGAUUUUGUCAGGAAAGGAACACAAUUGCACAAUAAAUGCAUUUAUCCCAAAAUUGCAAUAUUCCAAAACCCAAAAAGUUUCGUAUUGUUGGAUUUAGAAUCGGUGGAAAACAAAGAUCUUAAUCAAGGAAUAACGCACGCUGAAGAACAUGAAAUCGUAGACUCUAUUUUAAAGGAUCACCUUCUUUGGAUUGUGCUGAAUACCGGUCAUCUUCUAGUCGUAGAUGUGAGGAGGAAUAUAAAACUAAAAAUCAUAAACGAUACUUAUAAAAUUCAUAGAAUUGUAGUCAUCAAAAAUAAUAUUCAACUCGUCACGGAAAGUGGUGAAUGUUUAAAUGUCCCUUGGAGCACAGAAGAACUUUCUGCAAAAAUUGAAGAAGGAGUUGAAGAAAUUUGCUUACCUUUGAAGAAAUCUAGUAAGUUUUUACUAGAUUCUGAAACACAUGAAACUUUUCAGUUAAACGAAUUGAACAUUUUUAUUGAAAAAGGAAUUUUAAAAACAAAAUGUGCAGUUACGGGACUAUCAGAAACGAUUUCCGUAAAUGAGUUAUUAGAACAUGUAGAUUUUUGGCACAACAUGUUAGUUUUAGUAGACGAGUCAAACAUGUGGAUAAUACAUACCCAAGACUCUAAAACUAUCUACAAAUUCGAAACUCCUGGUCAUUAUUGUCCUUUAGCUAUAAAUAAAGAUGUGCUGUAUUACACUCUACAGCAUUUAACACAGGUUCAAGUGUGGAGCGCAUUCAUUUCUACAGAUUAUUUCGGAAAUCAAAUAACCUCAGAUAAGUCUAACAAUAUUAAUCACCCUUCAGUGUGUCAAGAAAAUUUGAAGAGUCAAUUAAAUUCGUUAGUAAAAUCAUUAUUAAUAGCAACUGAUGGGAUCGAAGAAUUCAAUCAAUUACACGAUCUUUUUGAUAAAAUUCAAGAUCUCUCUUUUCUGAUUGAAAUAAGUUACAGGCUUUGUCAGCACAAUGUUUCUUUUAAAUCUCUUUUGUAUCCACUUCAGAAAAAAAUAUACAAUCUUAAUCAAACCGCCUUAUAUAGUAAAGUCAAUGAUCUUAUUAAUAAAACAUAUAUAAUGGAGUACAUAGUUUUUAAAGAGCAAAAUAAUUAUGAAAAUAUAAAUUUGUUUGACCUGUCUUUUAAAGAUCUUUGUAUCACAUUUUUAAGAAAAAUGGACAUGGAUUUAGCAUCUAUUUGUCUUUUAAAGUAUUCAGAAAUGUACCUGAAUAUUAGCAGUGAUGAUGUUCUAGACAUUUUAAAUUCAAUACCUUCUAAUACAAAGAUGGGAGCUAUAAUUAUGUGGCUAAAAAAUUUUUCUCCUUCGCUCUUGGAAAAAUAUCCUUUCAAUAUUGAUGUAUUUGUUAGAUGGACAACUGACAGAGUUUUCAAAUUUGAGCAGUCUGCAUACUGGCCAAAAAUCGCUAUAAAGUUUUUAGAUGAAGUUGUGCUGGUUUUGGAGUCUUCUUUUAAAACAAUUUCCAUAAGACCAGUAUCUAUGGACGGUAUUGUCGUGCUGAAGGAUCAACUUAAUAAUAUUUUAGAAUUAAAAGACAAAUACAAAAUUAAUAUACUGCUUAACGAAUUUAACUCGCAGAGCACAUGUGAAGUCGGCCUUAUAAUGUUAAGACGAUGUUAUACAGAAGAUUUAGAGUCAUUUCUGCUAAAUUAUUUGUCGGCAUAUGCAUCGAAACACUUCAUCGACUUAGACGACAUAUUACGGGCAUUUAUAGAAAAUGAAGCCGUAAGCGGCGGAGGUCAAAUUGAUGGCACGCGAUUAAAAAUCUUACUUAAUGCUUUCUAUACCCACUGUGGCAAAUUAAAUUGUUUGCUCCGAGUGUUAAAGUUACUAGAAGUGCCCUGGGAUUCGGCUGUCCUUGAACUGGCCACAACAGCUGCUUCGUCAAUAACAAAAGAUUUCACUCUUUCUGACUCCGAUCGUGCAGUAGCAGAAGAAAUACAAAAUGAAUUAAAUUAUGCUUCGGUUAAAGUGAUCUUAAAAAAAUACAACUUUUCACUAAAUUGUACAGAUUACAGUUUACUUUUGGAAAAAAUAACAAAGGCUGCAUCAGUUGAUUUAAAUGAUUUAAAAGUGAUAACGAAUCUCACAAAACCCUUUUCAAAUUACGGGUGCAUAUUAUAUAUAAACAGAUGUUUGCACGACACCGAUAUUCGAGCGGCGCUUGAUUAUUUUCAGAAAUUAGAUAAAAAAUCUCAACUGCUGAUUUUAAAAACAAUCACAUCGAAAUUUGAACAACUAAUCAAAAGAUCUGCCAACAACGUGACUUUGGAAAGAAAUUACUUAGACUUCAUUAAAGGGACAAAAAUGCUUAAAGCGAUCGAAAUAAAAUUUAUUGAAUCCAUGUACUAUUUCAAGAACUCAAACUUCGAUAAUGCUAACUACGAAAAGUAUGGAAAUGUAGAACUAUUUAGCAAGAGACAAAGUUACGAAAUAUCGAAUCGUGAAUUAUGUAAUGCAACGACGGUUAAUUCUGGAAAAAGAACUCAUAAUACAACAUUAUGUGCGUUGCGUCGGAUAUCUUCAAGUUACCGAAUUAGACUUUUCGUGGAGAAUUUAAUUAUUAAUUUCACUAGCGACGUCGCGAGACCUCAGCAGGCAUAUUCGUAUUUAUUAGAAUUUAUGAACGGACAAAAUACUGAUUUUUUAAUAGAAGUUUUCAAUACUUUAGUUGAAAUCGUUAUGGUUUGCAGAGAAGAGCAAAUGCACCAACUGCUAAAGCUCCUUUCCAUUUUAAAUGUAAUUAUGAAUAGUAACAUUAUGGUCAAAAAUUUAACAGUCGCAUGGAAGUUCCACUACAUUUACUUACCUGUCUUGUCAACUGUUGAUAUAAAUGAAUUAAUAAAUUUCUACAGCACUCAAUCGCUCGAUAUGAUUUCCAAAAUCGACCAUAAUAAUUCACAUAACUCUGAUUUUCUCAUUAUUCGAAUGACGUCUCACUUUGUAGUAGAUCUUGAAUCGUCCUAUGGAAGUCAAGAAUUCGCUGAAUUAAGAGAAAAUAAUUGUAAAAAGUUACUCAGUAAGCUAAGCACCUCACAAAAUGUUGACGAGGUAUUUUUUCUAAAUUUAUUACUGUUCCUGAAGACAUCAAAAGAUAAUCAAAAUAUCAGUUGGAUUUUGGACAAUUUGAAAGGUCCGAAUGAUUUAUUACCACAAACGAUUGUGUAUUAUCUUUCUUCACCACCAAUGCUAAAAACAUUCACCAUUGAUAAUAACUUAGUCGGAAAUAAUGGUGCGUACUCACCCCAAUAUAUACUCAAAUCUAAAUUUAAUAUAAAUUUGUCCGAAAUAUUACUUCCGGAACACACAGAAGAAACUUGGGAUGUCAAGGUUAUCUUAUUUUACGUUUUGAAACAUUAUCCGGACAUAAAUUUUGAACGACUAUCAGAUAUUUGUCAGACCCUAAAUAUUGUCAUUGACGAUGGUUUAUCUUUGCAAUUGAUCUCGUUACUGUCUGCGUGGAGCUUAAAUUACAAAGUCACUCAUGAUGCAUAUGGGUGUCGUCGUUUAAUAUUACAAAACGAAGAUAAAGAGUUGCAGGAAUGUCUGACGAUAUGGGACAACAUUACCAGCAAAGUAUUUAUUACAGACAUUUUAACAGAUUUUUGGAAAAAUGGAGAAGUUACAUUACACGGACGCUUAAUUUCAAUAAACCCAUACUACUAUGAAGUUUUUUUGUGUAUACACAAAUUAAUUGCUGGUUCUCUAUCCGAAACAAAAUAUCUUAAGGAAUUUUUAAUUUUGAAUUAUUUGAAAGAUUAUCGAAGGACAAGCAGUCCGAAGCAAUAUGAAUUUGAAUGGUUUUCCGAUAAGGGAAUAUUUCCAGAAAUCGGUUAUAUUCGUCUACCUUUCCAUUUAUUUAUGAGAGAAGAUAUGUGGUCUAACUUGAAAUGUGAAAUCACUUUAGAAACCUAUGAACGAUGGUUGCCUGUUGUCCCUCUAUUGUCCCUAGAUUCUGACCUACAAACAGCUAGAGAUAUGAUUUGCAGUAACGCCCUUAAACAAACGAUGACCGCCAGAGUCCGUUCUGAAGAUGGUGAUUCUAAUAAAAAGGAAUUGGAGUCAUGGAGGUUGAUUAGCCAAGAAGAACCUUUACUUCGUACCGCUCAUAAAUGUGUGAGGUACAUCGCUAACAUGGAGUGGGCUGGGGCUUGUCUAUUCUAUGUACUGCAAGGUUGUUCUCGAGGAGCCGAUCAAGUUGCCGCAGCACAGCUCUGCUAUCAGUUUGCACAACGUUGGGCGGCUUUCCAACCAGUUAACCGAGCAGUACGUCAAAUGGAACGACUCCAUGCUACAUUAUCAACAAGACAUGCUUUGUACAAGAUAAAGUGGGUUUCUGACGAACUACUGCGACUUACAACUGAACCUGCACAGUUAAUACAGGCUUUGUAUCUUCAUCCUAAAUUUGUAGACAAAAUGGUUCACUGCGAUAUAAAUCGCGCUGCCAAUGAAAUUGCGGAUAAGAACGGCAUUAAUGUAAGCUCCAUACGGAUUCAACUUUUAGAGAGUCUUCUAGGAAAAUCCGAAAAGGAGAAUAAGUUGAUAAAUAAUUUAGCAUUAAAUACUAAGGAGUUAGUAACUGCGAAAUAUAUUUUAAAAGCCACUUGUCCAAAAAUGGGAGCUAUUUAUUUAUCUAGAAUAGCUUUUGACGAUGAAAGUGAUUUUAAUAAAUGUAAGAAAUUAAGAGCUCUUCAAUGUUUCAUGAGUGUGACAGAUAUUGAAACAGCAAUUAAAGUUACUAAUCGGAACAGAGACGAACUUUGGAUGUCACUUUUGGACUUGUUGUUUACAACAAAAUUAGAAAAUGUAGAUAUGCCAUGGGUUAUACCAACAUUUAUGCACGAUAAAACACGAGCAUUGGAAUUACUUCUAAACGCAGCUAAAGGGAAUACUGAAGCUCUUAAAAUAACAACACAAUUAGCUACUAGAUAUGGUACCCCGAAAGUUAUUUCAGAAAUAAUGCCGCUUUUAUUGCAAACGAAUUUGUACGAUGAAGUUUUAGUUUUAUUACUAAAGUCGGCAAGUAAUCCUCCUACUAGUCUUAUCUGCGCGGCGUGGCGUGCGGUUCUUUUGUCACCAUUUCAACGUGCAGAUUAUCCCUUAACGGAAACUCAAAAAGAAAGAUGCUUAAAUGCUGUAAACUUGUUGCCGGUGUGUCCAGUUAUUAAAGACGAUGAUUUAAUAGAAAUUUGGAAGCAUUGUUUUAGAUGCAAGUGUUUAGGAAUUGGCUGCUUAACUUUGCCGUAUAUGACUGCUAAAACGAGACAAGGAUUACCAGAAUUGUUAAAAAUUGAUAGGAGGAGUCUAAUAGCAAGCUUGAAAAAUUUACACACAGACUCUUAUUUAGUUUCUGCUGCAAUGUUUGUAUUAGAAAACAUGACACAAAAAACAUACAGAAACUAAUCACUUUUCCAGCUAAUGCGAUAAUAAUAACGAAGAAUCCUGAAAUGUCAAAUUUAAUUAAAUAUUAAAGUUAAAUUUUUAAAUAACAUAGAAACGUAACACUGAAUCACUUAACUUUCAGACCAUAUUAUAGCAACUUCAUGAAUUAUGUUUAAUGUUAAGAAUGUACAUAAUCUUAAUAUCUACUAAACUACUAAAUUAUGAUAAUAAUAAUUAAGAAUACUAUUUGUUAGUUAUUGUAGAAAAAAAUAUAUAUUUAGAACUUUAACUUUAUACUAAUUUUUAUAUUUUAUGAUUACACAAAACUGUUAAAUAAAUAAGUUAAAUAAACAAA